UCAGAACAAAAAACCACCAACAAUGUCCCUCAUUCCAAGCUUCUUUGGUGGCCGGAAUUCCUUGGCAAUGGAUAUGUGGGAUCCAUUUGAUUUCAGUAACUUUCCCUUCCCUGCAAACCUUUCUGUCUCAAGCCCUCAAUUCUCCAACGAAACUGCUGCAUUCGUGAAUGCUAGAAUGGAUUGGAAGGAGACCCCAGAAGCCCAUAUCUUCAAAGCUGAUCUUCCUGGGCUCAAGAAGGAAGAAGUGAAGGUCGAGGUUGAAGAAGGCAGAGUUCUUAAGAUUAGUGGGGAGAGGAGCAGAGAGAACGAAGAGAAGAAUGAUCAGUGGCACCGUAUUGAGCGGAGCAGCGGCAAGUUCCUUCGGAAGUUUAGGUUGCCUGAGAAUACAAAGGUGGAUCAGGUGAAGGCUUCCAUGGAGAAUGGAGUGCUCACUGUAACCAUUCCAAAAGUAGUGAAGAAGCCAGAGGUCAAGGCCAUCGAAAUUGCUGGCUAAUAGACCUUGUUCUAUAACAACCUAUUGCCUUUAGGGUCCU